AUGAGUAGCAAAUACUGUCUAGUGUUGCUCCUUGGGGUGGUGCUUCUCAGCACUGCCUCACUAGCUGACCACCACGAGCUUUCCAAGCCCCAUUCUCCUCCUAAACACAAACCUCCGACCCCACUUGAUCACGGGGAGAAGCCAUUUCCUGAACACAAACCGCCUCUCAAGGGUAAGGGAGACAAGCCUCCACCGGAGCACAAGCCACCGCAUGAGCAUCACCCCGGACGCCGUUUACUAGAGUCAGCUUCCUUUGAACAAAAUUCAGCCAGUUUGGAUGGUAAACAUCCAAAGCCACCCCCAAAACACAAGCCACCAACAUCCUCACUUGACAAAGAAGAGAAGCCAUUCCCAGAACUCAAGCCACCAACCAAGCCGUUUGACGAACCUCCCAAGCGUAAGGGAGAGAAGCCACCACCGGAGCACAAGCCACCCCAUGAUCAUCACCCUGGACGCCGUUUACUGGAGUUGUCUUCUCUAGAACAACAAAAUUCAGCAAGUUUGGAUGGCAAACCUCAACCUCCCAAGGGAGAAAAGCCACCUCCGAAACACAAGCCACCAACUCUAGAAGAUGAUGCUCCUAAGCCUAAGGGUAAGGGAGAGAAGCCAACUCCAGAGCACAAGCCACCCCAUAAUCAUCACCCGGGACACCCUUCAGUGGAGGAUGGCAAGGACUCCCACAACACACCUAGGAAGUUGAAGGCUCCAACUGCGCCCGAAAAGAAGCCGCCAAGUCCGUCUCACAAGCCACCCCACAAACCUCCACCAGCGAACUGA